AGUCCGACUGCGGCCACAACGCAGGGAGGACGUCCGGUGUUCUUCUUCGCCGGCGGAGAGAUCCAAUUGGGGGGGAAGGGAGCCAAGCUGGGUGCCACUUAAAGGGGGGGUUGGGGGAGAUUGGCUUGUUGUGAGUCCUAGAAUGGGGAAAGCGCGGCGACAAGGAGAUCGAGGUCGGGAUCGGCAGCGGAAGGUCAAGCGGUUCCGUGAUUGGGACGAGGCAGGCAAGAGACAAUCUAGAACUAGGGAUUCACGCAGGUUCGGUUACGGCAGCGAUGCGGAUUUCUACCAAGACAGGCUUGCUGAGCGGUCUGAUGAGGAAUUGAGGAAGGACUGGUUGCGGUUUGAGAAUAGGAAUCGCGCUAGUGGUCACAGCUCUGGGGUUGCUGGUUAUGCGCGUCGGAUUCCGGCGCUGGACAGGCUUGGUGAGGGCGGUAGGAAGCAGGACACGCGCGACAUCAGCGGAGCCACCAAGGCCUUGACGAAUGCGGCUCUUUUUCGACGGUAUGUCACGUUUUAUUUUACUAAUUUUCCACCGUUCUUAUCGAAUUUUUAUUUACGAAAAGGGUUUGAGGUUUGUGGCAUGCUGGACGAGGUUGUGGUACCCCGUAGGUGCAAUGUUAACGGAGAACGGUACGGUUUUGUGAGAUACUCGAAUGUCCGGGAUGUUAGUAAGUUGUUGAAAGCCGUGAAUACUGUUUGCUUUGGUAAUUUCCAAAUUAAGGCAAAAGUUGCUAAUUUUGACAAGGCGGCAGCUAGAGUGGUUGAGAAUUUGGUGGUUGGCGCGGGUGCGAAGGAUACCGCGGGAGGAGGUGUUAAGGUCGGUAAGGGAGUUAAAUCAGUUGUUGAGGGUGAUGUGAUGGAAGCUGGAUCGAAAGCUGUUGAAGGCCAAUCGGAUGGACUAGAGGGACGGGUGCCACAAGCCAGAGUGGGUGCGUUGGAUAACGUUCAGGUUGGUGACGUGACGGUGAGCUUGGGUAAGGGGCAUAGUAAGGAGCAACAGGGCGGUAGCGGGAAAAGUAAGUUCGUUAAGUUUGAUGUUCGUCAUACAGGGGGGCGACCUUCAAUCCAAAAUUUGGUCCGGAUGUAUCGUUCAAGUGUGGAAGAUCUUCAGUGGGCCCGUUCAGGUGUGACUGCUACGGUGACUAAUGGUGAGAGUAUCAGGGGCGUUCAAGAUAGAAUUGCGGAUGCGGGUAUAUCAGAAAUUGACAUCAUUCCAUUAGGCGCUGACAAAGUUUUCAUUCGUAGUAUGUCCGAGGUUAGUGUUACAACUAUUUUGAACGAUGCUAAGGAUUUCUUUGCUUAUUUUUUCACCAAUAUUGUGAGAUGGGAUAAGAAUUUGGUGCCGUUCCAAAGGGGGGCCUGGUUGAGGUUGUAUGGUAUUCCGCUGCACGCUUGGAAUGAAAGCUUUUUCAAAUUAUGUAUUCUUGACGUGGGAAGGCUUUUACGUAUGGACACAUGCACUGUGGAAAAAGAAAGAUUUGAUUAUGCUAGGAUUCUGGUGGCUACAAAUUCUUUAGAGAUUAUAAAUUGUUCGGAGAAGCUUUUGAUAGAUGGUGUUUUGGUCACUGUGAAAGUGGUAGAGGAGUGGGGUUUUAAUAUUGGCGAUGAUGCUUGCCUUUACGAAGAGGAGGAGAAUGGGUCAAUUGAGGGUCAGGCUGACCCAGAAGAUGUGCAUAUUGAUCACGAACAUGAGGUUAACGCAGAUUUUUUGGUUGAUAAAAUAGUCCAAGAUUUUUUUGAUUCGGAGAGUAACGGAAGAAUUUUUGAAGAUAAGGUGGAGAAGGCGGUCUCAAAGACGGUUAAGCUUAAAGCGGUAGGUGGUCAAUCGAAAGUGGGUAGGUGUAGUGAAGCCUUGCUCGAGGGGGAUUUACAACCUUUACGGUUAGAGCCCUUUGUGGAUCAAUUGAUGGGUAGUGCGUCACCUGAGUGUAAGGUUGAUGGGCAUGGCAGUGCCGACGUUCCUGUGGAUAGAAGUGUUGAUGCUGAUGAGUGUCCAAGUGAUGGGGGGUCAGUUACUGUUAGGAAGCUUCGAACUCGUCGAAUGGUUUCAUGCCCUCCCAGAGCUGAUCGUUCAGUGGUAUCUGGUCCGUGGAGUCUGGAUUGGAUAAAUGAUCAACAUCUUAGUGACGUAGGGGUUGUGUCUUCUUCUCGGAAAUUUGACGCUAAGGGUAAGAGGCUCAAGGCUUGUCGUAAUAUUCAAGAGGAUGUUGUUGUUAAGCGAAAGAAGGUGAAGGGGUUAUUGCGUCAUUCAGUUCUUAGCUUGAAAAAAGUGGCACGGCUUCCUACUAAAGACCGGAAAGUGGUUAUGAAAAUUCUAAAGAAAAAUGAUCGGAAGUUUAAAGGAUCCAAUUCAAUCAGAAAGACGGCUAGGAUGAUUUCUAAAGACCUAUCCGAGAAUUCAUCAUCUUCUAGCUCUAUUAAUAAUAGUGACUGGAAGCAUUGGGUGGUACUUCAUGGGAGUGACAAGGUGGUGGCGGAGGAUGUGAAGACCCUAGGGGAAUCUAUUGGUGUGAAUCUUAGUGGGUACAACAAUAGAUUUGGGGUGUUAGCAAGAAAAGGGAUGGGGAAAAAGAAGAAGUUAGCUUUUGGUGAUGGUGGUUCAGGAGGGGCGGUUGAGGGUGUUGUGUAGGCGUGGUAGCGGUGGCUGGGAGGGUGUGGGAGAUGAAGUUGUUAUCUUGGAAUGUAAGGGGGUUGGGUGGUUACGAGAAGAGAAAGGAUGUUCGAGCUCUGGUGAGGGAUAAGCAGCCGUUGAUUUUAUGUCUGCAAGAAACGAAGUUGCAAAUGUGUGAUGUUAAUGUGUGUUCGUCGGUUUGGGAUAGGCAGUCGACGGAGUUCUCUUUUCGCCCGUCCCAAGGGGCGUCAGGGGGAUUGCUGACCGUUUGGGAUGCCUCGGAGGUUGAGGUGUGGUCGUCAGGCUGCUUUGAUCAUGUUUUGAGUAUUCAUGGCCGGUUCAUUUCUUCAGAUGAAGAAUUUCACUUAUUCAAUGUGUACGCUCCUUGUGAUGGAGGAGCUCGACAGAUAUUAUGGGUUGCUUUAACGACUCGUCUUCAGGCUCUUAGGGGUAAAAAGGUGUGCGUUUGCGGUGAUUUUAAUGCGGUCCGGAGUCGGGAAGAACGUAGGUCGGCGACGGUUUAUGGCGGUGUGUCGGAGUAUGGUCCUUUUAAUCAAUUCAUAGAGGAAAAUGGUUUGCUUGAUUUACCGUUGUGUGGGCGUAAUUUUACUUGGUUUAAAGGGGAUCGUCGUUCAAUGAGUCGACUUGACCGGUUUUUGGUUUCUGAAGAGUGGAGUUUGGUUUGGCCCAAUUGUAUUCAGGUUGCGCAUUUGAGAGGUUUAUCUGACCAUUGCCUGUUGAUUUUGUCUGUUGAUGAGGAAAAUUGGGGGCCUCGACCGUCGCGGUUCUUGAAAUGUUGGUCAGACACCCCGUGUUAUAAGCAGUUUGUUACUGAUAAGUGGAAAGCUUUACAGGUGGAAGGUUGGGGUGGAUAUGUUUUAAAAGAAAAAUUCAAAUUAAUCAAAUUGGCGCUGAAAGAGUGGCACAUAUCUCAUUCGCAGAACGUAGCAGUGAAAAUUGAUUCUCUUAAGGUCAGGUUGGCCGAGUUAGAUGGUAAAGGGGAGGUCGAGGAGUUAUCUGACGCAGAAUGUGUUGAGUUGCAUGGUGUGUCAGAAAAUAUUCAUUUGUUAUCCAGGCUUCACAAUAGUAUCUGUUGGCAGCAAUCGAGGAACCAGUGGCUGCGUGAAGGUGAUGCGAACUCUAAGUUUUUCCAUUCCAUUAUGUCCUCUCGUCACCGUCAUAAUUCUAUAAGUUCAAUUUUGGUUGAUGGUACUUUGGUUGAGGGCAUUGACCCUGUUAGGAAGGCGGUGUUUACCCAUUUUGCGACUCACUUUCAAUCGUAGAGUGUGGAGCGACCAAGUGCGUCGAAUCUCCAGUUCCGCAACUUAUCUUUGGUUGAGGGAGGGGGCCUGAUUAGACCUUUUUCGGUAGAUGAAGUUAAGGCUGUUGUGUGGGAUUGUGAUAGUUUUAAGAGCCCGGGUCCGGAUGGAGUAAAUUUUGGAUUCAUAAAGGAGUUUUGGGUUGAACUGAAAGAUGAUAUCAUGAGGUUUGUCACUGAGUUUCAUCGAAACGGGAAGUUGGUAAAAGGUAUUAAUACUACUUUUAUUGUUCUUAUCCCAAAAGUUGAUAAUCCGCAGAGGCUUAAUGAAUUUAGACCUAUCUCUUUGGUAGGAAGUAUGUACAAAAUUAUAGCUAAGUUGUUAGCUAACAGAUUAAGGUUGGUGAUUGGUAGUGUGAUUUCUGAAACUCAGUCUGCUUUUAUUAAGAAUAGACAGAUUCUUGAUGGUAUUCUUAUAGCCAAUGAGGUGGUGGAUGAAGCUAAAAAGUUUAAGAAAGAUCUUAUGUUGUUUAAGGUGGAUUUCGAAAAAGCGUACGACUCUGUUGAGUGGGAUUACUUGGAUUCGGUUAUGGAAAGAAUGUCGUUUCCUGUCUUAUGGAGGAAAUGGAUUAGAGAAUGUGUGGGUACUGCUACAGCUUCUGUUCUUGUUAAUGGUAGUCCUACUGAUGAAUUUCAACUGCAUAGUGGCUUGCGUUAGGGGGAUCCCUUGUCCCCUUUUUUGUUCCUGAUUGCGGCUGAGGGUCUUCACACGUUGAUGAAAGCGAUGGUUGACAAUCAGUUGUUUACGGGGUACUCGGUUGGGGUGGCAAACCCGGUUGUUGUUUCUCAUCUGCAAUUUGCGGACGACACUUUGCUGCUUGGCCAUAAAAGUUGGGCUAAUGUUCGGGCUCUUCGUGCGACUCUUGCCAUUUUUGAGUUGAUGUCCGGUUUGAAAGUGAAUUUCAAUAAAAGCUUGUUGAUGGGUAUUAAUAUCUCUGAUUCUUGGUUGAGUGAGGCUGCUUCGGUGUUGAGCUGUAAAGUAGGUAAGAUUCCUUUUUUGUAUCUAGGUUUGCCUAUUGGGGGUAAUCCGCGGAGACUUUCGUUUUGGGAUCCUGUCGUGAAUCGUAUUAAAUCUAGAUUGUCGGGGUGGAAUAGCCGGUUUCUCUCUUUUGGUGGUCGCUUGAUCCUUCUGAAAGCCGUGUUGACUUCUCUGCCUGUCUAUGCUCUUUCCUUCUUUAAAGCUCCAACAGAUAGAUGGUUGUGGCUACCUGACCCUGUGGGGGGUUAUACUGUUCGAGGAGCUUAUGUUAUAUUAAUAGAGGGCGCUCAUCCUCUUUUGACCGAAGCAAUGGAUCUAGUUUGGCAUCGUCAGGUCCCCUUAAAGGUCUCGAUUUUUGCUUGGAGACUUCUCCGGGAUCGGUUACCUUCAAAAGCAAAUUUGGCAGCUCGUGGUGUUCUCAGUUCUGAGGCGACUCUUUGUGUUAUGGGCUGUGGUCAUGUUGAAACGGCCGAACAUUUAUUUUUAUUUUGCCCAAAUACUGUUUUGUUGUGGCAGCAGGUGCGCAAUUGGCUAGGUUCUAUGGGGGCGGAUCCGAAUAAUCUUCAUGAUCACUUAGUGCAGUUUACUUACUCGACAGGUGUUGGUAAAGCUAAACGUUCUUUUCUGCAGCUAAUUUGGAUUCUGUGUACUUGGAUUGUGUGGAUCGAACGUAAUAACCGCUUGUUUGGUAAUGUUGUAACGGAUGUCCCAAGGUUAUUGGAUAAGGUUAAAUUGUUAUCAUUACGGUGGCUGAAAGCAAAAAAAAAACGUGUUUGUUUAUGGUACUCAUAUGUGGUGGUCUAGUCCUUUGUUAUGUUUAGGCAUUGGUUAAUUCCUGUUUUUUGUUCUUUGUGUUGGACUCUGUAACAUUUUGUAUCUUGUAGCAGAAUUCUAGGCACAUCUUGUGCUUGGAAUAUGCUAUGUUUGUGUUAAUAUAAUUCCAUUUUGAUGUGUUCAAAA